AUGGCGAGCGAUCCGCGACGACGUCCAAUGCCACCUCCUCCUCCGCCUCCUCCGCCCGAAGAACAGCAGCAACCACCACAGACCGGAGAGAAGAAGCCCGAAAUGGAGCAGCGAGAAGCACCGUCCGCCGAGCAAACGGAGGAGAAGAAGCAGCAAGAUGGUGGAUACAAGCUGAGGUUCUGCACUGUGUGUGCGAGUAAUAAUAAUCGGUAUAAGACAUGGACAUCCAAGCGCACCACCGCUCUCUGACGUGUUGCUACACAGAUCCAUGGAGGCACAUCUCCGUCUCACGACCGCGCCGAACGGUCCAUAUCCUACCAUUUCCUUCGGCACUGGCUCCCUCGUCCGCUUACCGGGACCUUCGAUCUCCCAACCGAACGUCUACCACUUCAAUACCACCUCCUAUGCAGACAUGUACAACGAGCUCUACAACAAAGACCAGAGACUCUACCGCGCCAAUGGCAUUCUACCCAUGCUCGAGCGCAACAGAGGCGUCAAAUGGGGGCCCGAACGCUGGCAAGAUUGGAAAGUCGGGGUUCCCCGUGUCGGCAAGAGAGCAGCGGUUGUAGAGGGAACACAAGGCGGCACAGCAUCGGAAGCGGAAUUCAAAGACGACAAGGGAUACGAAGGGACAGAAGCUGGUACUGUGGAUGUGGUCUUCACCUGCGAGGAGAGAUGCUGGGAUGCGGUUGUGGAUGAUCUCCUGAGUCGAGGCGCACCGCUGAAUCGGCCGGUGCAUGUUUUCAAUGUGGAUAUCAAGGAUAAUCACGAGGAGGCGCUCGUUGGCGGACGGGCGAUUCUGGAAUUGGCGGAAGAGUUGAAUGCUGCGGCGAGGGAAGAGAGGGAUCGAUGGACUGGAGGCAAGGAGGCCUUUGAUCAGGCGCAAGCGGGUUCGAGGAUGGGUUUCGAUGAGCGGGUGCCGGAUAUUUUGGCCAAGUGGCAGGAGCGGUGGCCGCAGUUGCCUGCGCUAUGGACUCUGGCUUGGUUGUGA